AUCAAACAAGAUGACAUAAAAGAUAAAGAUAAAGUGAAGAUUAUAUAUAGGAAGUAGGAUUAUAUGAGGAACAUCUGACAUAUGACCUCCCCAGCUACAGUCCCUCUUGUGAAGCCGCGGGUUGUCGUCCGAGUACGGCCUCUCGCGAAAGAAGGCGACCACUUAGGUAACGGUAGGAGAGUGUACAAAAGACUCGCGAAAUGGGACGAAGGAGCACUAGUUUUGGAUAACAAUGUCGAUUUCGAUCGACUGGAUGGGGAACCCGUUCUUUAAGCUACGGGUCGCUCUAAACAUGAUGCUGGCGUCGGCAAAAAAGCGGAGGCGUCAACUGUUACUAAAAGUUCGGUUAGUAGAAGUUCUGCUUCUACCGGCUUUACAGUCGGAAAAGCUCCGGGGGCAGCUGCUGGUAAGAAUUUUUUCAAAAACCUAGGAACUCCGAAAGCGAAGGCGAAGUCUAAAGUUGUUGAGCUCCCUCCCAACACCACUACAGCGACACCUCAAGAAAAGCCUCCUGAGGAUCCUGCUAUGUAAAUAUACCCGAAUGAAGCUGCGGGUGGUCUCGAUAAGACUUCUGAGGAGGGUAAGGACCAGGCUGUUGAGGAAGUGAUCGAGUCUGCUACAACUUCUACAACGCCAGCUUCUGCUUCGAGUACUGGUGCCGCGACAAGCAGCAGUGGCUGGGCAGGCCCCAGUACGUCUAAGGUCGCGAUGUCAUCCCACCUUUGUCGUCCGCAGGUUUAUAUAUAUGUUUAUGGAGGACAUAAACAUAUUGGAAAGGUGGCUAGGACAUAAACAUAUUGGAACGUAGCCAUUUUGGCUCAAGAAGAAGGUGGCUAGGAAUAGAGCAAGGAAAAGUGAAUGACGAAAGCAGGGAUUCGCAAGAGUCUCGGUCAUCACAUGCAGCUCGCGCAUUUUUCGGUUCAUCUGAUGGCAUAUCUAGCCUAUACGCUCACUCCGUCACAAGUGAGCCCACUCCUAUCCUAUCCUAUUGGAUACAGAUGCGACGCAGAAUUCCGUCUACGACUCUGCCGCCUCGGACUUGGUGGACAAGUUUUUGUGCGAGAGACUUUCUAUUUGCCUAUGGGCAAACAGGCACGGGGAAAACGCAUACCAUCUUCGGACCCGCGCACAGUCGGAGCGAUAUCAACCACGAGGAUGCCGGAAUUUUCCCGAGAGCAGUCUCGAAGGUGCUGGCGUUCAUGAAGGGCAGGAAGGCGGUUCUUUGCGCGUCUGCGAUGGAGUUCUACAUGUGCCAGUGCACGGAUCUGAUGGACGACAAUGCGCCUUGCGUGAUCGACGAAAACCACAUGCCUGUGGGCUUAAAAGCUGUCGAAAUCAGCAGUAAAAAGGACUCCGUAGAGUUUAUGGCGAAUGCUCGGAACUUGCGGCAUACCAUGUCAACGUUGAUGAACCAAGCGAUUAUCAAGAAGACCGGGGAAGCAGACCAUGAGGGCAGUAGCAGGAGAAACUGCUCUCUCAUAUUACUUACACUUGCGACAAAUGAUCGUGGGGAGGUGGAAAAGAAAAUGAAAACGAAUCAAAAGAAGCUUCUUCCGGACCAUCUUGCCAGAAGACAAGCCUGCAUAUUAUGGAUACGGCAGGCGCAGAGAGGAGGAGUUCAACAGGCAACGACCACGAACGCGGAGUUGCGGCUGUCAUGGAAUAUUUCCGAGGGAAAGCUCCGGAUUGAUAUCGCGACUGGUGGACAAGGAUUUAUUGUUAAUUACGAGCUUUUCGGCCUCCGAGAUUGUGUAGUCCAAGCUGCGGAAGCGCAUCGGAAGAAGAGAAAGCUGGCGAUUCCAAAAGCGAAUACCGGGACCAGCUUUCAAGAGUACACGAGCGCCUGUUUUACCGGAUCGAUGUUACUAACCAUGAUUGUUAACUUGUCGCCGGCUCUUUCAUGCGGUUGGAAAACUUGGUUCUCGUGCACCUAUGGUGAAGAUCUUUGUUGUCCGGUAAAACCACAGAGUGUGCAUCUAGAUUUGGGGAAGCUGUUGAAGGAGUUGAUCUAUCAGGCAGAAAAAAGUGCACACGAAGUGGCGAAAACACCAACUUCUGGUCCCGGAAACAAAUACAUGGCGCGACGAGUUAUCAAAGUGAGACACGAUACCCGAGAAGUGGAGCUCUGGCAGAAGUUAGAAGCAUUUGUUUCUGCUUGAUGAGAAGGAUGUGUAAUUUGAAGAAUUUUUUCACUCCUUUAGGAAUAACAAAAGCAUCUACAUUUUGUAACUUGCUUCAGACGUGUUCCACUGGAACAAUUGCGAUUAGCAUUAGAGCGCAACUCUGAUUGGGUAAGAUCGUACUUGUCUCACGUAGGUGUGCUAGUCCUUUUGGUUUCUGUCGCUUGUGCAACGAACCGUGCAC